AUGGACGAUAAUCCGGCGGUGACGCGUCAAAUAGCCAAUAUGCGAUGGGUUUUGAAACACACCUUCAAAAAGAAUGAUUUUCGUCCACUUCAACGGGAAGUGAUUUCCUCCGUCAUCCAAGGGCAGGAUGUCUUCCUUCAAGCAUGCACUUCGUUUGGAAAGAGCUUGUGCUAUCAACUACCUGCAGUACUCAAGGAUUGGGGGCUGACUGUCGUGGUUUGUCCACUUCUCUCACUGAUGACAGAUCAAGUAAACACAUUGAAAGCUCUUGGUGUAUCAGUCGCCACGAUUAAUUCAAAUACUACUCAUGAUGAGAGGCAGCGCGUUUUCGAGGACAUGCUAUGUGGCCACCCGAGCACACGUCUUCUUUAUGUAACACCGGAGCUAUGCCAGACGGACAACUUCCGCCGCCGCCUGCUCAUAGUUCACAAGCAAGGUCAGCUUAUACGCGUUGCCAUUGAUGAAGCGCAUUGCAUAAGUGAAUGGGGUCAUGACUUCCGGCCAGCUUAUAAAGAGCUUGGCUGGUUCAGAAGGAAUCUCGUCGAUCCAACUGUCCCCAUUACUGCUUUGACUGCGACUGCGACCCCCCGAGUUCGCUCAGACAUGAUCAACAUCUUAGGGCUGGAUCUUGAGAAUCUCCGGCUGUUCAACACUCCGUCGGACCGACCAAAUAUUCACUACGAAGUUCGAUACCUUGCAGAUUUCGCCGGUGAUAACAAUAGCGCAGAAGAGAGCCAGCUGCAAAACCUACUGAGAUGGCUCAGCGGCAUCAAAACCCGACGAGAAGCCCGACUUGGCGGCGGAGUGGCACUACUCCCUCCAAUGUCGGGAAUCGUAUAUGUGGGGACUCGAGCUAUGGCUGAGCAUCUCGCCAGCCGGCUAUCCCAUUCCUCGGACGAGAUGGUCACGGCGGUGGCAUACCACGCCGGCGUGGAAGCCACCAAGCGCGCACACAUUCAAUCAACAUGGAAGUCGUCUCGGCCAUUCCAGCCAGCUGAUGGGGGAAAGACACCCGUUUUCUCCAUUAUCGUGGCAACCAAUGCCUUCGGGAUGGGCAUCGAUAAUCCAGAUGUCCGCUUCGUUGUGCAUUGGACGCCACCGCGAAGCUUCGAAAGUUUUGUCCAAGAGUCGGGUCGUGCAGGUCGAGACGGCCGCGCCGCUGCCUCACUUGUCUACUACGGAAUUCAAGAGAGAAACUUCAUAGAGACUAUGAUCCACCGCGAUACUGAAUCUCACCGUGCAAAGGGCCCCGAAAAUCGAGAGGCUAAGCUUGAAAGCUUCGGCAAGGUAAUUCGGUACUGUGAGAGUAUUAGGAGGUGUAGACACGAACUGAUCAAAGAGUUCUUUGGAGAUUUCGAGCUGGAAGAAAUGGGAUCACAACUGCCGGCCAGAGAGGGUUUGUCGGUUACGAGCUCAUCCCCUUGCGACUUCGCCUGCGAUUUCUGCAAAGAGGGUCCUGCCGGGUUGACAAAGCGCCGGGAGAAAAUGGCAUCCGAGACUCAGAUGGCUCUCCUAUACGCAGAUUUCGACUGA